AUGUCUCCUUGUUUGGAGCUGGACGGCCUCGUCGAUUUCCUCUCAUCCCGUAUCCUUCCCAACUUCACCGAUGUAGAUUUCAUAAUGAUGGAAGAAGUCGACUCUCAGGCUUCUGGACUCCGACGGGAGGAAUCAGCAGAAAGUCCGGGACUCUCGGCCUAUUCUGGGGUAUUCCAUUUACUUCCACUUGGGCUGCGGGUGCAGGAGAAGCUCGAACGCCUGAUUGAUAAGCACAUGCGCACACUUGGGGCAUCGAAGCUAUCUUUGUCAUCCAUAUCCUCCCAAGCUUUGUGGGAAAAGUCUGGAAGACUCAAAAAGGAUUCAGAGUUUUUUAAAUUUGAAGACCGAAAAGAGGCUAGGUUUCUUCUUGCUCCGACCCACGAAGAGGAAAUAACCUCCCUUGUAGCGAGUUCUGUGAGCUCAUACAGAGACCUUCCAUUACGAUUGUAUCAAUUUGGCAGGAAAUAUCGGGAUGAACCAAGGCCUCGACAGGGGUUACUUCGCGGCAGAGAAUUCAUGAUGAAAGAUCUCUAUACUUUUGAUUACAGUGCUGAGAAGGCAAUAGAAACGUAUAACGCUGUCAAAGAGGCCUACAUACGACUAUUCGAUGAGCUCAAGUUGCCAUACAUUGUGGCUGCUGCAGAUUCCGGCAACAUGGGAGGAAGUUUAAGUCACGAAUUUCAUCUCCCAAAUUCGAAAGGCGAAGACACUAUUGUUAGUUGUUCCAGCUGCGGUCAUGUAUACAACGAAGAACUUUCCGACGGGAAAGCAUACAAGGAUCCUGUCGAACAAUCAACGUAUUCAAUUCUCGAUACAGAGUCUGCAGGAUUAGGGAAACAACAAGCCCCUACGAUCUCAACUGACAUGUGGAUGAGCAUUUCAAAAGAUAGAAAAACUCUUGUGAGAGUUUUCUACUCGAAGUAUUUGGUACAGGAGGGUCAUUCCGACCCAGUGGAACGCAAGAUCAAUUCACAUGCCGUUAGAGCGAUCGCUCGAGAAGCGGGAGUGGAUCUCGAUGCUGGAGUAAGCAGCCCGUUGAUGAAAUGGCAAGCUAGAGCCAGUCAAGAUCCUCAAGUCUCUGCGGCUCAAUCCAGUUAUCCUGCUAUUUUGGAUAUUUAUGAUCACCGUGUCCGACCUUGCGAUCGUCCUCCACUACCAGCAGGACAGAGCAAGGAAGCUCUAGAACAGCUAAAUGUGCAAUUCUCGUCCAUUCACCAGUACCCGGGAACUAAUGUAAAACUCGAUUGCGUUAGUGCUGCGGCUGGAGACAGGUGUUCUAAGUGCGGUGAAAACUCGGUAGAAACACACACUGCCAUUGAACUUGCCCAUACAUUCCAUCUGGGAACUCGAUAUAGCGACGUGCUAAAUGCUUCUGUGGCUAUACCUUCUUCAAUUCUAAGAGGUAGCUUAACAACGGAAAGAACAGCUUUAGCUCAAUCAAGCAGCACGGUAUCAGUUCCUCUUGAAAUGGGAUGUCAUGGCAUUGGUGUUUCCCGGAUGAUUGCUGCUGUUGCAGACACCCUGGCAGACCCCAAAGGACUCAAUUGGCCCAGGGUCAUCUCUCCCUUCGAUGUUAUAAUCAUUUCAGACAGAGAGCUGGAGAAGGAAGCUGAACAAGUCUACGACACGCUCAUGGAAAGUCGGAAAGCCGACGUCGAUGCGAUAAUUGACGAUAGAGAGAAGAGUCUCACAUGGAAACUCAGAGAUGCAGAUUUGAUUGGGUAUCCUGUGAUAAUCGUCAUUGGGAAGUUGUGGAAGAGAGACAGCAAACUGGAGAUUCAAUGUCGACGAUUAGAGAAUUUUCGGGAAACAGUAUCACUACAGGAUCUGCGCUUUUAUACCAAGUCGUUGCUUGAUAGGCUCUAG